AGCACAUUAUGUCAAGUGGCAGACUGGAGUGCAUAAAAGGCCUCGGCGCGGGGAUGGGAGGUGUACGAGGCCCCGGUAUGGCGAUCUGGAACAAGAACAAGGACAGCGCGGCGGACGGCGCCGAGGUCGUCGAGGUUGUGGACGCCGAGAAGGGCAAGGACGAGCUCAAAGAGACGGCGAGCGAGGCGCCGUACGUCUACCUCCCCGGCACGGAGGCGGAGCGGCGGCUGGUGCGCAAGAUCGACAUGCGCCUCUUCCCCAUGCUCUGGGUCAUGUUCUGCAUGAACUACCUCGACCGGACGAACAUCGGGGUGCGAUAGACGUGCGGCAUGGCUGACGCCAGAACGCAAAGGUCGGGGGCAUGGAGGCGGACCUGCGCCUCAGCUCGAGCGAGUACUCGCUCGUCCUGUCCAUCUUCUUCGUCGGCUACCUGCUGUGGGAGGUGCCGAGCAACAUGAUGCUCUCGCGCUCGACGCCGCGUGUCUUCGUGCCGACCCUCAUGGUCGUGUGGGGCGCCAUGUGCAUCGCCGUAGUCGGCGUCGCCAACCUCGGCGGCAUGGUCGCGUUCCGCUUCAUGCUCGGCCUCGUCGAGGCCGGCUUCUUCCCCGGCAUCAUGCUCGUCAUCUCGUGCUGGUACAAGCCGGAGGAGAUGAGCAAGCGCGUCGCCGGGCUGUACUCGGCGACCAUGAUGUCGGGGGCCUUUGGCGGCCUGCUUGCCGGCGGGCUUAUCGAGGGCAUGGAGGGCGUCCGCGGCAUCCGCGGCUGGAAGUGGAUGUUCAUCAUCGAGGGUAUUAUGACCGUUGUCAUUGCUUUCGCCGGAUAUGUCGUGCUGCCAAACUAUCCGCUCACGACGCCGUGGCUGUCCGAGGACGAGAAGAAGCUCGCCAUCGCCCGCCUAGUAGCCGCUAGCGAUCGCGAAGUCGACCUCGAAGCGGACAGGGGCGUCGGGCACUGGCAGGGCUUCAAGGACUCGGUCUCAGACCCUAUUACAUGGGUCAUGCUCGUGCUGUACAACAUGCUCAGCUCGGUCGGCACCAUCUCGUACUUCUUCCCCUCGCUCCUCAAGACGAUGGGGUACUCGGGCCGCACGCUCCAGUUCAUGACGGUGCCGAUCUACGUCGUCGCCAUGGUCGUCGGCUGCUCCGCCGGCGUCUUCGCCGACCGCACCGGCAUGAAGGCGUACACCAUCGUAGGCGGCGCGACGCUUUCCGUCAUCUCGUUCAUCAUCUGCGCCACAGUGCAUGUGCCGCAGGUGCGCUACGCGUUCAUCUGCUUCGGCGCCGCGGGGAUCUGGACCAACAUCCCCAUCUUUCUCUCGUGGAUGGUGACUAUGUUCGACGGACGCGAGAAGCGCGCAGUCUCUAUCGCCAUGGUCAACGGCUUCGGCAAUCUUGCUUCUGUUUACGGCUCAUUCUUCUGGCCUUCGUCCCACGCUCCGAACUACACGACCGGGUUCGCCAUCACCACCGCCCUGUGUGGCAGUGCUGGUGUCCUCGUCCUUCUCACCAAGUGGAAGUACGGCGACAAGGGUGUGGAGUACACGGGCUAGGUUGCCGCGUUAGGAGGUUGGAUCUGUUCAAGACGAAAACGAUGUAUAUUGUGUACAAC